AUGGCGGACAGUUCUAAUUUUGUGAGCUCUACGAAAUUCCAUCAAAAUAUCCCGAAAAUAUGGAACGCUAAAGAAAUUUGUAAUCAUAUAGCUUUUUCCAACUUAAGUUAUGAUAGUAAACGAAUUAAAUGGAUUGGAACUUUUGAUACAUUGCAGAAAUUUGUCGAAUGCGAUCUUAAAUUGGAUGGCAAAUGGUCUUCGCCAGGCGGUUGUUCGAAAAUAGUUUACGUGCUAUAA